UUGUGCUUUUGUUGAUCAGAUCACAUUAUGACGAUUUGAACAUACAGGAAAGAGAACCACCAUCAAACUAUGAGUGUCUUGGUAAUAAUGCUGCAGUAUCGGCAGUCCCAAGUAUUGAUGUCCAGUCGUCCCCCGUUGCCACAGUAACAGAGGGAGCCGUGUUGUGGCUGACCUGUACGUAUGACCUGGACGGAGGGACACUUGGACUGUUACAGUGGAGUGAUAGGGACGGUGGUAAUGCUGCCACAGCCACUCCUUCAUCUACACCUCCAUGUUAUACAUCAUCUCCUGAUGACUACAGUCCAGUCUGUAACCUGGCCUCUAAUGAAGUCAGACUUGGAAUCCUCAACCAUGUACACGGUGAUACAUACAGCUGUAGAGUAUACCUGUCCGACUCCACACUGAUAGGACCUGAGUCAACACAGGUGUCUGUUGUAGUCCCCGUACCAAGCGUUACCUUCACGUCCCCUGUCAGUGACACAGUGACAGUGACACCAGGGGGCAGUCAGGUUUACACAUCUGUAACCGGAAGUUGUCGUCCUCCUGCCCGAAUAGACUGGUACAAAGAUGGUGUAAACGUCACAACUCAGACCGGAAGUGUUACUAGUGAUGGGGACAAGUUUGUGACCACCAGUUCUUUUACACUGACCGGGACGAAAGGAGACAGUCAAGCCACUAUCCAUUGUAGGGCUAGUAAUGUGGACGGAAUGACCCCUGUCCAGUCUGGUGCUAAAACGUUUGUUGUUCAAUGGCCACCAGAUGGACCGCCAGUUAUAUCCGGGUAUAAAAGCGGUUCCAUCUUGUAUUUGAGCGAGACAUUAUCGCUCAGUUGCCGGCAGCAGGGUGGGAACCCUCGGUCUACCCUGACCUGGACUGGAUUGUGUGGGGGAAUCCCCGCCACAGAUGGCAGCUCAGUGACAGAGUCGGUGUCUACCAUCACAAUGACUGUCACGAAAGGAUACAACCAGGGGACGUGUGUCUGUGUGUCUACACACCCACAACCUCAGGCUCAGGACAGGACACAGGUCACAUUUACUGUACACUACCCUCCCAGUGGCCCGGUCAUUAUCCUGACACCGACACAUCCAUGGUUGGAGGGAGAGAGCGGGACACUGAGUUGUAGCUACACUGAGGGUUUCCCAGCUCCAGCCAGGAUUGAAUGGUUUCUUAACAGUCUCCAGACAGGACAGUCAGCGCCAUCUAUCACACUUACUCCUCUCAACAAGGCCGACAACAGAGCCAAGUAUUCCUGUCGUGUGAAGAAUGAUUUCACUGACGUCAAACUUACUAACCUGACGUCAUCAGCCACAUAUCUCAAUGUAGAAUAUACACCGCUGGUGACAUUGAAUUCUACCCACAUGAUCAUAGUUGAAGGUCAAAAUAUACAACUAACUUGUGACGCGGAAGGAAACCCUACGCCAACAGUUGAGUGGCUACGUGGAGAUACAUCAGUACAGACAGGACAAGGGACCUCCGUGACCCUGACCUUGGGUGACAUAGAUCGCUCAGCGACAGAUAACUACACCUGUCGGGCGGAGGGCGUGUCAUCUGUGCAGGGGAGACAACUAAUCACACAGAGACUUGCCUAUACACUGGUUAAAUAUCCCCCAUAUGUAGUGGUGGUGGCGCCGCCUGAUGUAGAAGAGGGAGACAUGGAUAUCCGUUUGGUGUGUCAGACUGUAGGAGAACCCAACACGCUGACAAGUCAGUCCUGGACACAGACCAUUGACCAGACCCUCAUUGCUGACAGAUUCACGUAUGAAGCAACAACACCGGACAAAAUAAUAUUAGAAGAGGUUUCCCUGUACGACACAGGGAUGUAUACAUGUAGUGUUAGCAACGGUAUAGCGGACAGACAAGGACAGACUCUACAAUCCAACAGUUAUGUGUUAAAUGUUAAAGUUGCCCCGAAAUUCAAUUCAAGUGGACAGAACCACAACUUCUAUAGCAGGCUGCAUGAACAAGUGACCAUAAAGAUUCCGUUCUACAGCAACCCUCCUGUUACAUCUACUGAUGACCUAGAAUGGACAAAGAUGUCCUCUGGUGCUCGGAAUACCCCAUCUUUUAAGUUUGGCCUUACUGAGGAGAUCAUUGACCUAUCAAUCAAGGGAAGGACUGUUACAUUCCCUGGUCAGGCGGCUGUUAUGACUCUGUUGUCAUUUGACCAGUCAUUAGCUGGCGACUACACCGUUACUGUUUACAACGACGGUAGACGUCGACACUCUACUACUACAUUUUCCAUAUCUCCAUCUGGCCCUCCUGAAAUGCCUUCAAAUUUUCAAGAGAUAGAAACCACUGCAACGAGUAUUACUGUACAAUGGACUAAAGGUUUCAAUGGCGGCCGCUCCCAGACAUUUAUUAUUCUGUAUAGACCUGAGGGAGGAACCAGGACAGAAACAGUAUCAGUGAGGGAACGACAACAGUCAACAUACACCAAGGAAUUAACGGGUCUGAAUCCUAACACCAGAUACCAACUCAACAUGUACGCUUAUAACGAAGAGGGGAACAGCUCACUCAGCAGUGUGGUGGAUAUAAUCAGUAAAACCAACCAAGAAUCUUCAUGCAGUUUACAGAUGACGGACAAUGCACAAUGA